CUUUGCUGUCAUAAACAUAGCAGCAGCUCGCUGUUGGGUGAAGGCGGCUGAAGUCGUGCAGCAAUUUUAUUGUUCUGCAGUUACAGUAGAUCUCUCCGGAUACAUUAUUUCUUUCCAACUUCAGCUACAGUGUUAGCUAAGUUUGGAAGGGGGAACCGGGAGAAAGCAAAUUUUGAUCGGCAAGAAAAUAUUAACCAAGGAUUACUAGGCAACCGCAGAGGGACAUUAGGCUAUCUAGUCAGCUGGUCAAAACAAACGAUUUAGGUUAACGUUACAAUGGAAAACACUGGAUCGAAGAAACGUGGAUCUGUUCUCGAAUUCUUUACGUCUGCCAAGUUCCUUAUUUACCUCGGGCAUGCUCUGUCAACAUGGGGAGAUCGCAUGUGGAAUUUUGCCGUUGCGGUCUUUUUGGUGGAACUGUACGGCAACAGUCUGCUCCUGACUGCGGUGUAUGGUCUCGUGGUUGCGGGAUCGGUACUGUUGCUCGGCGCCAUCAUUGGAGAUUGGGUGGACAAAAACCCGCGCCUGAAAGUGGCCCAAACCUCACUGAUAGUCCAGAACACAUGUGUCAUACUCUGUGGCAUUCUCCUUAUGGUGAUUUUCCAGUUCAAAGACCAACUAACUGAACUCUACAAUGGAUGGCUGUUGACAACCUGCUACAUCUUGGUUAUCAGCAUUGCCAACAUUGCUAAUCUUGCCAGCACUGCCACCUCCAUCACCAUCCAGAGGGACUGGGUCGUGGUUGUAGCCGGGCAGGACCGCAACAAACUGGCAGAUAUGAACGCAACGGUGAGGAUCAUUGACCAGCUGACCAACAUCCUCGCUCCCAUGCUGGUGGGACAAAUCAUGUCCUUCGGCUCGCACUUCAUCGGCUGCGGCUUCAUAUCCGGUUGGAACCUGUUCUCCAUGUGUCUGGAGUACUGUCUGCUGUGGAACGUCUACCAGAAGACUCCUGCUCUGGCCAUCAAGGGCGGUCAGAAAGACAUCGAUCAGGAGAUGAGACAACUGAACAGCCAGAAAGAAGUGGAGAAUGGAGAUAUCCCUGUUGAAGGUUCUCAGCUGAUGACCGCUUCCGCGUUGGAGGCGAAGAAGAAGGACCCGGAGAAGCCGGCCGGCUGCUGCUACCAGAUGGCUGAGCCCCUGCGCACCUUCCGCGACGGCUGGGUGGCCUACUACAACCAGUCCAUCUUCUUGUCCGGCAUGGCUCUGUCCUUCCUCUACAUGACCGUGCUGGGCUUCGACUGCAUCACCACGGGCUACGCCUACACGCAGGGCCUCAACGGCUCCAUCCUCAGCCUCCUGAUGGGCGCCUCGGCCAUCGCCGGCAUCUUCGGCACGGUCGCCUUCACGUGGGUCCGCAAGAAGUGCGGCCUGAUCCGCACGGGCUUCCUGUCUGGCGCGGUGCAGCUGGCGUGCCUGAUGAUGUGCGUGGUCUCCGUCUUCAUGCCGGGCAGCCCCCUCGACCUGAGCGUCUCGCCGUUCAAGGACAUCGUCAGCCACCUGUUCGGCGACAGCGGGUCUCUUCCGGAAGGUCCCACGCCGAGCAUCUCCACCGUGGCCCUCACACUGAACAGCACCACCAUGGUGUUGGAGGAGUCGCCCCAAGUCGAAUCUUACUUGUCCGUCAGUCUCCUUUUUGCUGGAGUCAUUGCUGCUAGAGUGGGUUUAUGGUCAUUCGACUUGACCGUGACCCAACUCAUCCAAGAGAAUGUGAUCGAAUCCGAACGAGGAGUCAUCAACGGCGUCCAGAACUCCAUGAACUAUCUACUGGACCUCCUGCACUUCAUCAUGGUCAUCCUGGCGCCCAACCCGGAGGCCUUCGGCCUCCUGGUCCUCAUCUCCGUCUCCUUCGUUGCCAUGGGGCACAUGAUGUACUUCAGGUUUGCCUACAAGAGCCUCGGGAGACGCCUCUUCCUCUGCUGCUCCCCUGAGCAGAAGGAGGACUCCGACAGCCCCUCCCUCCCCACCACUGUGUAACUGAUUAAAGAGACCCUAUCCCUAGAGCCAGAGUGUGACCUGCUUUGCGCACAAACUCACGUGGGGGUCCCCAAGUCUAUGGGGGGAACCAAUUCUAGUCUUUAGCUAACAUACUUGCUUCAGUAGCCAUCGCUGAUGCCUACGUGUAUCUGUGCGUAUUUUAACCCCUGGGGACAAGGCCCUGACUAUAGCAGAGAUAGCAGCGGCCGUAGGUAUCAGAAGCCAUCAUUAGCUGAGAUAGCAGAGUAGAGAACGGUCAGAGGCCCAGAACGCGUCGGUCCCGAUCACGCCACCGGAAGGGUUUAGCCUUGAACUGAGGACGACAGACCAGUUGCAUGCACUCUUCCCUCCUUUCGAGCCGAGCCUGUGCUUUUUGAGUAACUUGGAGCGAAAACAUACAUAAAUGCAGAAACAUCUAAGAAAGAAUGAGGGAGAAGACUACUAGGCCUCGUAGCGUACAUAGUGCUGAGUUGUAGCGCUCUCAUGUAUCUGGACGGGUCGAAUAAGAGUUUUAAUCUACGACAACAAGUCAUCAGCUCCAGAUCAGUACAGGGAUUUUUUUUUCUCUUUUUUGGCUUUUCAGUUAAGCUCUAUGGGUGCUGUUAUUUCCUUUGUUCAGUUACUAUAGCGUGUUAAGUUAUAUACUAUCUACACUUGAUUUGAUUUUGUCCCAUGUUGCUUCAUGUCAGGCCAGGGAUAAAGUCUCUUUAAUCUGUGGUGAAAAGGGUUAUGCAAAAACAUAUUCAUUCAGGAGGAUACACUUGUAUUUGAAUAUUAGUACAUGCAUUCCGUCAGUAUUCUACAUCUUUGCCUGGGUGGUGCUAACGUAUUAGCCAUUGCUAUGCAUUCUCUUUAAAUAUAUUGUCAUAUUACCAAAGCAAACUUUAUGGGGGAAGAGAGGGAACUACAUUGCUGUUGUAUAUCUGUACAUUCCAAAUGUUUUAUUGUGAUGGUUGUGAUCAUGGUGAUAUCUAGAUUUGUUCCUGUAGGCGCAAGUGCAUCCGUGUCAAAGUCCCCAAUGGCUGUUUUAAACUGACAGCUUUUACAGUCUACCAGCACUGUGGCUUAUCUGUUUUUUUUCCUUCUUGAUUUGAUUUCCAAGUUGAUUCUUUUGUUUUUUGUUUGUAUAAUUUUCGUCAUAAGAUAAUCAACGCCGUGAUUUUGAUUGUUACACAGGCACUUUAUGAUUCCUCAGUGGAGGAAACAGAUGAAGCAGAGACCCCCCCAUGAGGCACAUUUCAGGCAUUUUCUCAAAAUGUAUUUGCACAAGGGCUGAGAUACUGCCUCUCUCUCUCUCUCUCUCUCUCUCUCUCUCUCUCUCUCUCUCUCUCUCUCUCUCUCUCUCUCUCUCUUUCUCUCUCUCUCUCUCUCUCUCUCUCUCUCUCUCUCACACACACACACACACACACUCUGUCUUUAUCAAUUCAAUUCAAUUUUGCUUUAUUAGCAUGACUGUAGAUACAGUGUUGCCACUCACUGUCUUUCUCUCUUUCUUUCUUCUUCCUCUCUUUCAUCACUCUUUCUCUCGCACUCUCUCUGAGUUCAAACCUCCUGAGAUCAUGUUGUGUCCAAAGGAGAUCCUCCACUAGCACGCUGAUCAAUAAGCACAACAGCCUUAUCUUACAUGCACGUCGUAGACGCACACGUCGGCAAAAACGUGACUGAAGAACCAGAUGCCUGUGAUCAGAAUCUGGCCCACCCCACCCUGUAGAUUUUAGGUUGAGUACCUCUCUUUUUUUUGUUUGGACUCCUCCAUGGUAUACCUCAACCCCCCCCCCCCCAGCCUUAAACACCAGUGUGUCUGUUCUGCACUGCCAUGUUGUGCUACUCGCAUCAAGGACACCGGGAGCCGGUGCCGCUGUUUUAACCAGCGCGGCACAGCUUUGCCUGUGUGGUGUCAGCAGGAGCUGGAUUUCUGGCACACCCAUACAGUGGUAGCCGGGCCCUUAUUAAAACAACAGCAAUAUGAAGUCAGACUGAAAUAAUAUUAAGGUUGGAUUGAGAGUGAGAGGCCGUGUCGUACGAACAGAACAGGGAUGCUAUUGUCCGGGGGGCAUGCGGGAGAGAGCCGGAGGGAUCAGGUGGGAUGGUCCUCCGGUGGUGGUUUGUUGACUUUUGUGUUUUUUUUUUCCUUUAUAAAAAAAAAAACACAUCUGGUGCAACAGACGGCUCCCAACUUUUGAAAAGUAUGUCCCAGAACUGUCAGUGUUGAUGUUAACCGUUGAGUAAGCAUAUUUGCAAGAACAGGGCACUGAGUUAUUGAGUUCUUUUUUGUGUGUGUAUGUUGGAGUGGUUUGAGGACUUAUUGUUUUUAAUAGACUUUUUUCCCCAGACAAACUAACAGUUGGAUAAUCCAUCAAUACUACUUUGUGUUGGUUAAUGUUUUUGUACUUCUUUCACUUGUCAGAUCAUGCUGUCAUGUUGCUGUUUUAAAUGUUUGAAACUUUUUCUACUUUUAAAUGUUUUGUACAAUAGUGGUAACAGUUCAUUUUGCAAUUAAGUAGUUUGUACUUAUCUCAGUUUGAUUUUUUUUCUUUUGUUUGAAAUAAAAACUCAUUUUUUAUUUCAAACAUAAUUCAUCUCAGUGCUGGAAUAUGGUAGAACGGAGAAUAAUAGAUUGUAACAAACAAAAGAGUAAGUUAUACUCAAAGCAGAAAUGUCUGUACAUUGAAUCGUUUUCAUAAUCAUUGUUUGCGUUGCUGUGUUUUCGGCACUUCUCUGAGACCCCAGGGGCCAAGCACAGCUGCCACCCCAUACAGAGGAAGAAAGUAUGGCCAAAAAUCUUACUGCAUGUGCAUUUUCAUAUAUUUAAGACAAAGAAGAAAAAAAACUGAAAAUAACUUUGUUCUAAUUGCAUGUGAACAUGUAGAAAGUGAUGACGACAAUGAUGACAACUGUUAAAAUAAAGCGAACUCAAAA